CCUGCGCCCGCCUGACGGCGCAUGGCCCCGGCGUCGCUCAGCAUGAACCCCGCUGGGCUCCAGACGUUCGGCGGGGGGCGCGCGGGGCCCGGCCCGCUGCCCUUCAGCGUCGAGUCGCUGCUGGAGGCGGAGCGCGGGCUGGACGCGGGGCCCACCGAGCCCCGGGAGGAGAGCCCACGGGGCACCGCGGAGCCCUGGGCCUGGUUCCCGCCGGCCGCCCGCUCGUCCUCCCCACGCGCCCCCAGCCCUCCGCCCUGCGCCCUCCGAAAGCACAGGACCAACCGCAAGCCGCGGACGCCCUUCACCACCGCGCAGCUGCUGGCGCUGGAGCGCAAGUUCCGCCAGAAGCAGUACCUGUCGGUGGCCGAGCGCGCCGAGUUCUCCAGCAGCCUGAGCCUCAGCGAGACGCAGGUCAAGAUCUGGUUCCAGAACCGCCGCGCCAAGGCCAAGCGGCUGCAGGAGGCCGAGCUGGAGAAGCUGAAGCUGGCGGCCAAGCCGCUGCUGCCCUCCUUCGCCCUGGGCGCGCCCCUGUCCGGCCCCCCGGCCGCGUACGCGGGCGCAGCGGGCUCCCCGCCGCAGGCGCCAGGACUCGUCGCCGCGCCCGUCGCUGCCUACCGCAUGUAUUACCUGUCCUAGGGCAACGGGGGGCUGCGA